AUGGGCAAUUUGAAGUGUUUAGCAAUUCUUGCUCUCCUUGUUGCAACUUCGGCUGUGAGUGAAAGCCGGGUUGCGAGAAAAGACUUGGGCCUGGAUCUUGGAGGGUUAGGGGUAGGGCUGGGUGUUGGAGUGGGUAUAGGGCUGGGUGGUGGUGGAUCAGGCUCCGGUGCUGGAGCGGGCAAUUUGAAGUGUUUAGCAAUUCUAGGUCUCCAUGUUGCAUCUUUAGCCGUCGGUGAAUGCCGGGUUGCAAGAAAGGACUUGGGCAUGGACCUUGGAGGGUCGGGAGUUGGUUUGGGUAAUGGGCUGGGUGGUGGUGGAUGA